UGCUGGUUACGAUGAUGAGCUGGAGCGAGACAGUACAUUGCUUCGAGCUGCGAAGAACUAUUAUCCUGAAGGUGAAAGUGAAGGCGCUUGCAGUGAGUUCCCUCCAUUGAUGCAGGCAAGAUCGUUGACGAGAGGGGUUCCGUACAGGGACAGUUACAACCAUGCGAAGCCUGUUGAUUCUACGGGUAACUGUUAUACAAGAUCAACUAAAACUAUAAGGACAAUCAACAUGCCGCCCAAGAGACGUCCACCGCUACAACUGUACGGACCUCUAGGGCCCAAUGGUGAACUACAGUUUCCACCAGUUCAAACCUUUGCCGAGAGAGAAAAAGAACGAUUGGAGGCUAUAAAGAAAGAAAAGGACAAGAAUAAGUUGCCAAAAGGUUUAGUAUUGCUGGGAGAUUUGGUAUCUGGUGCUUACGAUAGACGAAAAGCUGCCGAAGCGGAGGCGAGGAAGAGAAGAAUAGAAAAGAAACGAAAAGAAAAGGCCGAGGCGGAGUUAGCUGCGCAGGCAGCCUUGAAAAGGCAUUUAGCAAAAUUGGAAUUUGAGCUACCUCGCGAUCCCGAUGAGCAGAAAAGUCAGAUGCUGAAGGCAACAGAACAGGAGCACUACCGCUACAUACACCCGAAAGAUUUAGAAAGAAUUCAGUAUUAUUUAACUACGUCACUAACUGGCAACCAUAUACCGGAGUUCCCUGCACACCUGUACAAACGAGCCAAGGUGAAAGUAGACAAGCAGACAGCAGCCAUCAAAAAAUGCCUUAUGAUCCUAACGUACCAGGCAUGUGUCAGACAGAGCGAAGCCGAUAUCAAGGACUUCUUUCUUAAGGCUAUGCAGAGAUGUCUCCUCGCCUACAUUCUGGAGGAUCCAGAAGAAGUGAAACGACUUCGCAUAGCAUUCCUACCGUCUCUUUGGCCAGCGCAUUGCAUUCGCGCGCCCAUGCCUUGGCAUAACGAUGUGACGCGGGCCAAGCAAGCCAUUAAAUAUCGCUACUAUCAAGGAAACCCGAUUUUGUUGGAGCUUAGGAGACUAUGGCAAGAAAAAUACCAAAACAUGUAUAUCUGCGAUAUGAACAAAAUGCAGGAAGACAUGCCAUUCCCCCACUAUCCUUGCGACUUCACUGAACGUCUCAACAAAUUAUGUGCCGAAACCAGGACGGAGUUGGUAGACAAUUGGUUAAUAGACGUUGCAGAUACCAUGGUCAAGAUGAGAAAACACUGGGCGUGCUAUGUCUCUAGGAAGAAGAAAGAGUCUAUCUUUCAGGUUGAGAUGUUUUUUAGUUCGAUUCACGCAUUGAUGUCAAGACAGAUUCGCGAUCUUGUGGAAAGAAGCGUUUUCCAUUUUGCGGAAUACUUCUCGUAUUAUUCGGAAGGUAACAACUUCGGCAAAGAGUACAGAGACUACCUCUUCAUCAAGCGACCGCUACUCCGCAUCAAGGUCGUAGGCCAACCGGGAUCCACCAGUAUAAGCUUUGAUCCAGCCUUGGAUCAAAUGCGGGUCAUGAUUAUUAAGUGGCUGCACACGAUUAUCGGCGUCAAUCAACAAUUGCCCAGUGUUGAUACUAUCAUGUACCCAGGUGCGCAACGUCCAAAUCCAUAUCUUAUGUCGGUAUACCCGGACGAGCAGUACAUGGUGGAAGUUACCAAUAAGUGCAUCAAACACUUUCACGAAAACCGACCAGGGCCCAAUAGCUUCCUGGACACAUUCCAGGAGUAUUUCUAUAUCCUAGAUGGUACUGCCUUUCAAGAUCUGCAGAAGUUCUUUGCUUUGGAACCUCCACCUUACUUGAAGGACUUCUCAGCCCGCAUUUUAACGUAUAGAGCCUUACGCGACGAGAUAGCCUUCCUGCGCCGCGACAUUCCGCUUAACAUGGUGAUGCUGGAUUGCGCGCCUGUCAACGACGUGCUCUGGAGCGAAGUGGACGCGCUCCGACAGUACAUCAUAGACCAUUUCACUACUGUCAACAGGAAGUGGAACCGAUCAAUUUGCAAUGUGUACGAGGAAAUGGCGGCGCGUACGUCCGAAAGUCCGGAGACCACAGCCCAACUGGUGGAGUUGCUAGGCUACAUCCAGGAUUGCCGGGACUGCGCUAUGUUUGACUUGCGAGAGAAAUCGAGGACCACCGCUGAAUACGUGCUGUUCUUGAUGGAGCAUGCACAUCUUUCCUUCGAAGACAUAAACCUAAACACUCGCGUAUUCCUGUGGCCUCUCGACAUGGAGGAAACUAUAGAUUUGACAAUAAAGACCCUAAACACCAAAAAGUUAAUGGCGGAAGACAAACUAAAAAGCAGAAAGGCGAUCUACGAAGAGAGACUCAAGAAGCAUGAAAAGGAGUUGGAGCUGUUCCGUCGGUUUGAUCCGCCACUGCUGAACUUGGACCUAUUGAGAGAAGUCGUUGGAAAAGUGGACGAAAUCAACCAUAGUUUAACGGAAGACAAACGCGAAGCCGAGGAGAUAAACAACGAGGAAGUUUUGCUGGACCAGGAAGUGUCUGUGUACUUCAGCAUGACCACCAUGCUGGCCAGCAUCGACCCCUUCCACAAGCUGUGGCACACCGCCUUCGACUUCUACGACGGCUACGAGAAAUGGUACCACGGCCCAUUCCAAGGGUUGGACGCGGAACAAAUUGCCGAGGACGUCGAAGCCUGGUGGAAACUACUGUAUAAACUCGGAAAGCAGUUGCUCGAGUACCCCGGCGCUAAGCGAAUAGCGGAUAUGGUGCGGAACAAAGUGGAGAAGUUCAAGCUACUGCUGCCAGUGCUUACAGCUAUAUGCAAUAAGGGCAUGCGUGAGCGACACUGGGCUAAAAUCAGCGAGUUGGUCGGCGUAGAAGUUAUUCAUGAACCCGAAACCACUUUAGCUGAUAUGGUGGAACAAGGAGUUCACGUCUAUCCCACACAAUUAGAGGAGAUUGAACAGUACGCCUCUAAGGAGUAUGCUCUAGAGAAGGCCUUGAAUAAAAUGAAGGAAGAAUGGAUCGGCAUAAAGUUCGAGGUGGUACCUUACAGAGACACGGGAGUGGGUAUCCUCACAGGUUUAGAUGACAUCCAGCAGCAAUUGGAUGACCAUAUCCUCAAGUCGCAGACGAUGAGAGGAUCCCCAUACGUGAAAGCGUUCGAGGCCGACAUGGUCGCCUGGGAAGAGAAACUUAUUAGUAUGCAGGACAUACUCGACCAAUGGCUGCAGUGUCAAGCCACCUGGAUGUAUCUAGAACCCAUUUUCUCAUCGGAGGACAUAAUGCGGCAGAUGCCAACGGAAGCGCGAAACUUCCGAGACGUGGAUAAGGAGUGGCGGGCUGUCAUGAUGGCCACACAGAAGGACCCCAUGGUUCUAACGGCAACUGACUUUCCGGGUUUACUUAAGAAAUUGAGAUACAAUAACGCCUUAUUGGAUGACAUCCAACGCGGCCUGAACGACUAUUUGGAGAAGAAGAGAUUAUUCUUCCCGAGAUUUUUCUUCUUAUCCAACGACGAGCUACUGGAGAUUCUCUCAGAGACAAAGGACCCGAUGCGGGUGCAGCCUCACCUCAAGAAGUGCUUCGAGGGUAUCUACACGCUGGAGUUCAACGCGGCGAAGGAGAUCGUCGGCAUGACCUCGGCUGAAGGCGAGGUUGUCACGCUGUCUUCGUCGAUACAACCUGCUGAUGCUAAGGGCAUGGUGGAACGCUGGCUCCAACAAUUGGAGCACCAGAUGAUGACCAGCCUGCGUGACGUCGCGUCAGAAGCCAUCAACGCGUACGCCAUCACGCAGCGAGAGGAAUGGGUGCUGAACUGGCCGGGCCAGAUCGUGCAGUCCGGCUCUUGCGUACAGUAUACCACCGAGGCACUGGAAGCUAUCCAGACCGGCAGCUUACCGGAGCUGAUAGCGAAGAGCACGGAGCAGAUCACCGGCCUGGUGUACCUGGUGCAGGGCGACUUGGAGCCCGGCAACCGGAUCACCGUGGAGGCGCUCAUUGUCAUCGACGUGCAUGGUCGCUCGAUCCUGGAAGAAAUGGAGGAAAAGAAAGUCCGCGAGGUCACAGACUUCAACUGGAUCUCGCAACUGCGCUACUACUGGCGCGGGGAUCGCAUCGUAUGCUCGAUGAUCACAACGGACGUGGACUACGGGUUCGAAUACCUGGGCAACACGGGCCGCCUGGUCGCCACGCCUCUUACCGACCGGUGCUACAGGACAUUAAUGAGCGCUCUGAAAUUAAAUCUGGGCGGCGCCCCCGAAGGCCCGGCCGGGACGGGUAAGACUGAGACCACGAAGGAUCUGGCCAAAGCCGUCGCCAAGAAAUGCGUCGUAUUUAACUGUUCCGAUGGACUCGAUUAUAAGGCGCUUGGCAAAUUCUUUAAGGGUCUUGCGCAAUCUGGCGCCUGGGCGUGUUUCGACGAGUUCAACCGCAUCGAGCUGGAAGUGCUGUCGGUGGUCGCCCAGCAGAUCCUGUCCAUCCAGCUGGCAAUCCUUCGCCGCGACAAGCGCUUCGUGUUCGAGGGUACGGAGAUCAGCCUCAACCCCACGUGCUCUGUCUUCAUCACCAUGAAUCCUGGCUACGCGGGCCGCACAGAACUGCCGGAUAACCUGAAGGUGUUGUUCCGCACGGUGGCAAUGAUGGUGCCCGACUACGCCAUGAUUGGGGAGAUCACUCUCUAUUCCAACGGAUUUGUCAAUGCUGGCCCGUUAGCCCGUAAAAUUGUUCAAGCGUACAAGCUAUGCUCGGAGCAGCUGUCAUCGCAAAACCAUUAUGACUACGGCAUGCGAGCUGUCAAGUCAGUGUUGUUAGCUUCCGGAGCUUUGAAAAAGAACUAUCCGGAAAAGGACGAAGCGCAACUAGUUUUGAGGGCCAUUAUUGACGUUAACAUGCCCAAGUUUCUGUCCCAGGAUGUACCCCUAUUCACGGGUAUAUACUCCGACCUGUUCCCGGGGGUGGAGAUCCCGCAGCCCGACCGCGCGGAACUUCUGAAAUGUAUCAACAAAGAUCUGGAGAAACGAAACCUGCAGAACACUGAUUGGUAUCUCGAGAAGAUAAUACAGAUAUAUGAAAUGAUGCUAGUCCGCCACGGGUUCAUGGUGGUGGGCCCGCCCAUGGGCGGCAAGACUCAAGCCUACCAGAGCCUGGCGGACUCCUUGCGCGCUUUGCAGCUGAUGAAACCACCUCCAAGGCACAAAGAGUUCGGCGCCAUAUACCGCAUCCUCAACCCCAAGGCCAUCACUAUGGGACAGCUGUAUGGAUGCUUUGAUCCCGCGUCGCACGAGUGGUCUGACGGAGUUCUAGCCAUAGCGUUCCGCGAGUACGCGAUGUCCAUAACGCGAGACCGCAAGUGGAUCUUGUUCGACGGGCCCGUGGACGCAGUCUGGAUUGAGAAUAUGAACACUGUGCUAGAUGACAAUAAGAAACUAUGCCUCAUGAGUGGAGAGAUUAUACAAAUGACGAACAAAAUGAAUCUAAUUUUCGAGCCUGCGGACUUGGAGUUCGCUUCUCCUGCUACGGUAUCCCGCUGCGGUAUGAUUUAUAUGGAGCCUGAACAACUAGGUUGGCGAGCUUUCCUGGCCUCUUACAACACUCACCUCACUAAGAAGCUAAUACCAGAACAGUAUGACUUGAUCCAGGAGCUGAUUGACUGGCUUGUGCCGCCUAUAUUUGAGUUUUUAAUCAGAUGCCGUCAUUUCGUACAAGUUGGAGAGAUUCAUCAGUUCUACUCUUUUACACGCCUGUUCACGUGUCUGCUGGAGAGUGAAGCGCAGUUCAGCACGCUGUGGUUGCAAUGCACGUUUUUGUUCGCACUGCUCUGGGGACUAUGCGCCACCAUUGAUGGUGACAGUCGCAAAAGCUUCGAUUCGUUUUUCCGCAAACUCCUCGAUGGCAGCAACGCUAACUAUCCUAAGCCCAAGUCGUUCAAACUGACCAAGAACCAAUUGUUUCAAGACAAAGAUACCGUGUUCGAUUAUGUUUAUGACAAGAGAAAUAAUGGAUCCUGGAUACCGUGGGUUGAAUUGGAGAAAGAAGUCCCAUUGCCUGCAAAUGCUAAGGUGAACGAUUUAAUAAUCCUGACAAAUGAGAAUGCAUGUCUCCGCUUUUUCGUGAGCAAAAUGGUGAAAUACAAGAUCCCGAUCUUGCUGGUGGGGCCGACGGGUACGGGCAAAUCCUCGCUCGUACUUAACUUCCUGCUUUCUCUGCCCAAGGAAAAGUAUAUCACCAACACAAUCAAUUUUUCCGCUAGAACUACUGCAAAUCAGACGCAAGACAUAAUAAUGUCGAAAGUAGACAGAAGAAGGAAGGGUGUAUUUGGACCUUCCAUGGGUAAGAAGUGUGUGCUAUUCGUGGACGACCUGAGUAUGCCACAGAAAGAACAGUGGGGGGCCCAGCCGCCGCUGGAGUUACUCCGCCAGUGGAUCGACCACGGGCAUUGGUAUGACUUGCGGGAGAUGGUGCGCCAGGAAGUUGUUGAUGUGCUCUUCGUAUCAGCCAUGCUGCCCCCGGGCGGCGGCUCCAACAUGAUAUCGUCGCGGCUGACGCGUCACAUGCUGCUCAUAACCUUGGACUCCUUCGAGGAUAACACUCUCAAUAAAAUAUUCAUCACUAUCAUGGACUGGCAUUUUGCCAAAGGCUUCACGGAUACACUCGCUAGGCAGAGCAAGGGGGUAGUAGCAGCGACAAUGGAGGUGUACAAGGCCGUGACGCUGCAGUUUCUGCCGACCCCCAGCAAGUGCCACUACCUGUUCAACCUGCGGGACUUCGCGCGCGUCGUCCGGGGCGUGCUGCUGGUGCCGCCCACGCACUUGAAGGAGCUCAACAAGCUGGUGCUGCUGUGGGUGCACGAGACCUACCGCGUGUUCUGCGACCGGCUGGUGGACGAUGCCGAUCGAAAGAAACUGUUUGACGUGGUGUACAAGGCUGUGUAUGGGAACUACCGCGUGCACAUGGACCAGGUGAUGACGGAAUUGGGCUACGUGCCCGAGGGGGAAAAGUUGGCCAACAAGCAUGCCGCUAACAUAUUCUUUGGCAACUACAUGGAGCCUGAUGCCGACCCCAAAAUAUACGAUCAGGUGAUGGAUCUGGACGACAUGGCGGUGAAGAUGGAGUACUACCUCGAGGAGUACAACGUGGUGUCAUCGUCGCCGAUGGCGCUCGUCAUGUUCCGUUAUGCUCUCGACCACAUAUCCCGGUGUACGCGCGUGCUGCUGCAGGAUAAUGGUAAUCUUCUACUGGUUGGAGUUGGCGGCAGUGGGAGAAGUAGUGCGGUGAAACUUGCUGCUAGCAUUCUGGAGAUGAAUGUCAUACAGAUCGAGAUAUCUCGAGUAUACGGCCAGAAUGAGUGGCGCGAUGACAUCCGGAAAUUGCUCAUGAAAGCUGGUAUUAUCGGGAAACCAUUAGUCUUCUUGUUCGCAGAUAAUCAGAUUAUGUAUGAAGGAAUGGUAGAGGAUAUUAACAUGUUACUCAACACAGGCGAUAUUCCCAAUCUUUACGGUAUGGACGAGAAAGUCGAAAUCCUCGAUAAAAUGCAGGCAGCCGUGAGGGAAGCUGGCAGAAAAAUGGAGACAACACCAUUGGCCAUGUUCGGUUUCUACGUGGAGCGCGUGAAGGCUAACCUACGGAUAGUGAUGGCGAUGUCUCCCAUCGGGGACUCCUUCCGCAACCGGUUGCGCAUGUUCCCCUCGCUUAUCAACUGCUGUACUAUCGACUGGUUCACAGCAUGGCCACCUGAAGCAUUAGAACGCGUAGCAUCGAUGUUCAUAGCAAAGAUGGAGAACGUGGACGAUGAAGUACGUGAUUGCUGCGUAGAACUAUGCCAGCUGUUUCACAUGAGCGUCGUGCAACUGAGCGACAGAUUUUAUUCGGAACAGAAACGGAAGGUGUACGUUACACCCACGAGUUAUUUGGAACUUAUAAAGGCUUUCCAGAAUUUAUACGCCUUGAAAGUGGACCAGAUAACAAAAUCUAGGAACCGAUACGAGACAGGUCUAGAACAGCUAGACUUCGCGUCCGGUCAGGUCGCUGUAAUGCAGCAGAAUCUAAUCGAUCUUCAACCGUUGUUGGUGGAAACCUCGGACAAGACUGAGAAACUCAUGAUCAAGAUCGAGCAAGACACAGUUGUAGUGGAGAAACAGAAAGAGAUAGUGGGCGCAGACGAAGCUUUAGCCAACGAGGCAGCCGCAGCCGCUCAGGCCAUCAAGGACGACUGUGAGUCUGACUUGGCCGAAGCGGUACCAGCAUUGCAAGCUGCAUUGGAUGCUCUCAACACGUUGAAACCCGCUGACAUAACCCUGGUUAAAUCCAUGAAGAACCCGCCCGCUGGGGUGAAGUUAGUUAUGGAAGCGGUUUGUGUGAUGAAGGGUAUUAAAGGUGAUAGGAAGAUGGAUGCCAAUGGAAAGCCCUACGAGGACUUUUGGGGCCCCUCGCAGAAAAUGUUGGGUGAUAUGAAGUUCUUAGAAAGCCUUAAGAAUUACGAUAAGGAUAACAUACCUCCUGCUAUCAUGAAAAAGAUUAGAGACAAAUACAUUCCUGAUCGUGAAUUCGAUCCUGCAGUCAUAGCUAAAGUGUCAUCUGCUUGUGAAGGCCUCUGCAGGUGGGUACGAGCAAUGGAUGUGUACGAUAGAGUCAUCAAGGUCGUAGCACCAAAAAAAGCGGCUUUGGCAGAAGCAGAAGGCGAGUUACAAAUGCAGAUGAACACUUUGAAUGAAAAGAGAGCUCAACUGCAAGGCGUACUUGACAAAUUACAGGCCCUCAACGACGAGUUUGCGGAAAUGACUCGUAAAAAGAAGGGUUUGGAAGAUGAGAUAGAACUAUGCUCCACUAAAUUAUCCCGAGCCGAACAGUUGAUCGGAGGAUUGGGAGGUGAGAAGGCGCGCUGGACCGACUUGGCUAGACAACUGCAAGAGCUACUGUCCAAUAUUAUUGGUGAUGUGCUGCUAUCAGCUGGGUUUAUAGCGUACCUCGGCCCCUACACUGUGAACUACAGAAGGGAGCUGGUCACUAUGUGGAAUCAACGGACUAAAGAUCUAAAUAUUCCUUGUUCAGACAUUUAUUCCCUCGUGACGACCCUUGGGGAACCAGUCGUGAUAAGGGCGUGGAACAUCGCAGGGCUGCCCGUAGACGCCUUUUCCAUCGAAAACGGCAUCAUCGUGGAGAAGUCGCGACGGUGGGCGCUGAUGAUUGAUCCCCAAGAACAAGCAAACAAAUGGGUGAAGAACAUGGAGCGUGAAAACCAAUUGAAGGUCAUAAAGCUAACGGACUCCAACUACGUUCGGAUCCUAGAGAAUGCCAUACAGCUGGGAUUCCCGGUGAUCCUGGAGAAUAUCCGGGAACAAUUGGAUGCUGUUCUCGAGCCUGUUCUUUUAAGGAAUAUUUUCAGGUCUGGUGGCAUUGACUGCUUAAAACUAGGCGAUAACAUUCUGGAGUACAAUUACAAUUUCCGCUUCUACAUCACAACGAGGCUCAGCAAUCCACACUAUCUACCCGAAAUCGCCGUAAAGGUCACGUUGUUGAACUUCAUGAUAACGCCUCAAGGGCUACAAGACCAACUCCUGGGUAUCGUGGUAGCGCAGGAUCGGCCUGAACUCGAGCUGAAAAAGAACCAGCUGAUUGUGGAGGGUGCUAACAACAAGAGAACGCUCAAGGAAAUCGAAGAUAAGAUCCUUGAGGUACUAUCGUCAGCCGGAAACAUUCUAGAAGACGAAUCAGCAAACCAGAUUCUCUCGUCAUCCAAAAUCCUCUCGAUAGAAAUAGAGGCGAAACAAGCAGCUGCGGCCAUCACUGAGAAAGAAAUAGAUGAAGCUCGGUUACUGUACGUGCCAGUCUCAAAGCAUUCCUCUGUGCUGUUCUUCUGCAUAUCGGAUUUGGCUACAAUUGAUCCGAUGUACCAGUAUUCUUUGAAUUGGUUCAUAAAUCUUUACAACCAAGCCAUAAAUAACUCCCCAAAGAGUGAUAUCCUAGUCGAGCGACUGGAUGGUCUCAACGCGUAUUUCACACGUAGCGUGUAUGAGAACGUCUGUCGGAGCCUGUUUGAGAAGGACAAACUCAUCUUCUCACUCGUUCUUACUCUUGGAAUACUUCGGGCUGGGGGUAAGUUGGACGAUGAACAAGUGGCAUUCCUCCUAACAGGGGGCGUGGCUCUCGAGAAUCCCUACGAAAAUCCCGCACCAACCUGGCUUUCGGAAAAGUGUUGGUCCGAAGUUGUACGCAGCAGUAACUUGAAUGGGCUUCGCGGUUUCAAAGAGAAUGUGGAGCAAAACAUCGGAGCCUGGAAAGAUUUCUAUGAUUUAGCCGCGCCUCAAGAGAAUCCACUCCCGCAUCCAUAUGAAGACAUACGGGGCAUACCAAAGCUGAUUAUAUUCAGAUGCAUCCGGCCAGAUAAGCUGAUACCUCUCGUGCAACACUACGUGGUGGAAGAAAUGGGAGAGACAUACAUCGAGCCGCCGCCCUUCGACUUGGAAAAGUCGUACAACGACAGCAACUGCUGCUCGCCACUUAUCUUCAUCCUGUCGCCAGGCUCUGACCCUAUGUCGGGCCUCGUCAAGUUCUCUAUGGAACGGAAGGUGGUCAGCUUUGAGACCAUAUCUCUUGGUCAAGGACAGGGCCCAAUAGCAGCCAACAUGAUCGAGCAGGCGAUCGCGUCGGGCGGCUGGGUGGUGCUGCAGAACUGCCACGUGAUGGAUUCCUGGAUGGGGGAGCUGGAGCGCAUCUGCGCGGAGGUCAUCGUGCCGCAGCUCACACACCCCAACUUCCGCUGCUGGCUCACCUCUUACCCCAGCAAGGCUUUCCCGGUUACUGUAUUACAGAAUGGCGUCAAAAUGACAAAUGAAGCGCCCAAAGGUCUUAAGAACAACAUCUUCCGUUCCUACAUAUCGGACCCGAUAUGCGAUCCGGAGUUUUACAUCUCCUGUCCUCGCACCGAAGAGUGGAGAAGAUUACUGUUUGCUCUUUGCUUCUUCCACGCGAUCGUGCAGGAGCGACGCGCUUUCGGACCUCUCGGGUGGAAUAUACAGUACGAGUUCAACGAGAGUGAUCUAAGGAUAUGCGUCAUGCAGUUACAGAUGUUCCUCACGGAGUAUUCGGAGACACCGUUCGACGCUCUCAACUAUUUAGCGGGCGAAUGUAACUAUGGUGGCAGAGUAACAGACGAUAAAGAUCGGAGGCUCAUACUAUCUCUGCUGUCCAUAUUCUACAACGAUGAAGUAACUACAGAUCCUAAUUACUCCUUCUCCCCGAGCGGCGACUACCGAAUCCCUCCCUCAAUGGACUACAACUCGGUGCUUGAACACAUUAGAGCUUUGCCCAUGAUCGCCAAACCCGAGGUGUUUGGGUUGCACGACAACGCUGACAUUACCAAGGAUAAUAAGGAGACCGCAGCGUUGCUGUUCGGAUGCCUCCUAACGCAAACCAGCAUCGUAGCGGGCGGCGGCGGCGACGGCGCUGAGGGCGGCGGCGUGGUGGAGCUCACCCGGGACAUGAUGGCCCGUCUGCCGAAGCCCUACGACGUGCUGGCCGUGGCUCAGCAGUACCCCGUGCAGUAUUACAACAGUAUGAACACCGUGCUCAAACAGGAGCUGAUCCGCUACAACCGGCUGCUGAGCGUGGUGGCGCGCACGCUGCGUGGCGUGCACCUGGCGGCGCAGGGGCUGGCCAUCAUGGGCGCGGAGCUGGAGGGCUGCCACAGCGCCUUCGUCAAAGGGGUCGUGCCCGCCGCCUGGAUGGCCAAGUCCUAUCCCUCCAUGAAGCCCUUGGGCUCUUAUGUUGCCGACUUUCUGGCGAGGUUAAAGUUUCUCCAAGACUGGAUUGACGAGGGUCCACCGAUAGUCUUCUGGAUAUCAGGCUUCUACUUUACUCAGUCGUUCCUCACGGGUGUUCUGCAGAACUACUCUCGUCAUAACCGCAUACCAAUUGAUCAAGUUCACUUUGAGUUCACCAUCACCAGUUUGGAGGCGGAAUGCGAAGAGGAACCGACUUUUGGGGUUUAUUGUAAGGGACUGUUCCUCGAAGGAGCAAGAUGGAACCGUGAUGCAAUGCAACUGGACGAAUCCUACCCCAAGAUACUCUUUGACACUAUACCUAUUAUAUGGUUUCAACCAGCACUAAUAGCUGAUUUCCGCCCCCCACCAAGUUACUUCUGUCCCAUCUACAAAACUAGUGAGCGGAAGGGAGUGCUGGCCACUACAGGGCACUCCAGUAACUUUGUAAUGUAUAUAACAUUAAGGUCUGAUAUACCGCAGAAGCAUUGGAUUAAUAGAGGGGUUGCUAGUUUGACACAGCUUGACGACUAAACCUCAUUUUUUUAAUAUAGUAAGCACACACCAUAUGCUUGCACAGGGUGUAGGCAUUAUGGCCAACAGAUUGCAGAACACAUUUCAAGAUGGCAGUGCCUAAACGCAUAAUAUAUGAAGUAAUGCCAAUGGGCUCAAGUUACAAUGUACAAUCUGCAGCCUUAUGCUGAACACUCAUAGGGGACAGGAUUUUAGAGAUGGAAUACUACGGUAAAUUAUUGCUUAUUCAAAAAUUGUAAUCAAAAGUAAGGUUUGCUUGGUUUGUCUGUUACAUAGUCACAAAGUUAAGCCGAUAAUUAUGCAUAGGCCAAAGAAACCAACAACCAACAUUGUUGUUAACAGUCUUAUUACUUCUAUACAAUUUAAAUAUAAUAGCAAUUAAUCUG